AUGUCUGCUUCCCUCGCAACUGACGAGGACUGGCUGAUUAUUUCAUCGUCGUCAGACAUCGACGAAGAGUCCCAGGUAGGGUCCGGUCACGCUUCAGAAGCAGAGAAUGCCCCUAGGGUUUCUACUGAUAACGCUACCAUUGAUAAUGCUGCUGAUACCACUGAUGAUGCGGACAAAAUUGUUCCUGACGUUUCUGAGACAAACGUUUCUGACGUUCCUGACAGCUCUGUCAACACUUUGAAAGGCCACAGUGCGGUUCUCUCUUCUCCAGAGACUCCUGAUUCAGGUGUAGGUGACGCUACUGUGGAGGACUCCGAGAAAUCACUGGAGUCAAGCGUCACUCCGGAGUCGAAACCAGACGAAAUUGGUGACGAGGAGAGUUCUCUGAAUGAACAGAACCAGCAGGAAUCGGCCCUUGUUGACUCCCCUACUCUCACUGCCUCGGACCCUGCUCCGAAGACGUCCUCCACAACUCCUUCACCACCACCCUCAUGUUGCUCCUUCUCCUUUUGCAGAGCACUAUCCGUCAUUGACUCCAAGAUUAGAAGUGCCUCUAGACUGCUCUAUAGGGCCCUCUUUGCCGACUCCUUCUCGGCGCUCGACAAGAAGAGAAGAGAUGUUCCCUUGGACAUCUCCUUGUUCCAGCACGCCCGUUACUCCUUGUUGUCCGUGCUCAACCGCAACCAGGACCUCUUGUUGUAUUACGCCAUGGCGCUCGCUGUGUCGGUGCUUUCCGUGGCGGCGUUCCGCCCAUCUACGCCAAAGCAUGAGCCAUCCUUGGGUGAAAAGCUAAAUGCCUUGUGGACGGAAUUUGCCUAUGAGGAAACUGUGUCAGAGAAGCCCCAUUACUUCUUGUUUGCUCGUGCAGAUAUCCCCAAGCGCCAGUUGAAGAUCGUCAAAGUGUGGAAUAAUGCUGUGGAGAGCGCACCUGAAGUGUGGGCUGAGAGCUCCGAGGUGACUAAGCGCUUUUUGGAAGACAGCAGUGAGGUGACGAAACGCUUUUUGGAGGAUAGUUCCGAUCUCACUAAACGGUUCCUCGUAGGAUCCGCUGCGUGGAGCAGGUCUCUGUGGGAGGAGUUGAGAAAUCACCCCAACACUCAGCAUCUCAAGACGAUGUUGGAGACGGCAAAGGACAAAACCCUUGUGUUUGGAAACGAGCAGGCUCUUCCAUUCAUGAGAAAGGCAGCUUCGCAAGGCAGAAGCCACGCCGAAGCGUGGGCGUCCUACUCAACGGACGUUGCCAAAGUUUGGGCGAAGCAGGCGGACCUUGUGUCUCGUGAGAUGCAACAAAGAGCAACGCUGCUCUGGAAGCAGGCAGUCGAAGAGGCUCCUGCCAUGAAGGAAGCACUUGACGCCACAAGCAGGGACUUGUAUAAGCGUUCUGUUUGUAUGCUCGAGCAACGCAUGCUAUGCGAACAGUGA